AUGCUCCCUGACAGCUUACCAAUGAGCGAUGCUACAUGGGGAUUUGCAGUGGUAUCUUUCUGCGUAGGCGCUCUUAUCGGCGGUCUUUUAGGUGGUUAUAUUCAAACAAGAUUUGGUAGGCGUAGAGCCAUUUUCUAUAAUAGCUUUGGAUAUACCAUUGGUGGCAUCCUGAUCGAUCGCUCCAUAUCUCCAAGCAUGUUUAUCGUUGGUCGUAUCAUCUGCGGCUUAUCUUGUGGCCUGGGAUCAUUGGCUGUACCUAUCUACGUUGGCGAAAUAUUAACAGUUAAGUCCAGAGGCGUUCUGGACACAAUCAAUCAGAUGAUGACAAGUACUGGUAUUCUGCUUUCCUGCAUUAUUGGCCUUCCUCUGUCUGCUGUGCCCCUCUGGAGGGUCAACUAUGCAAUUGUUAUUAUCCCUGCCUUGAUACAAACAAUUCUUAUGCCAUUGUGUAUUGAAUCUCCUCGUUAUUUGGUAUCUAUAUUUUUGAUAGAUCGCACGGGCCGUCGAUCUCUACUGUUGGUGUCUCAAGCUGGUGCGUGUAUUUUGCUGUCUUAUUAA